AUGCCAGCCCGCACACUCCCUACCAUUCCAGCCGAAGAAGUCCGGUCGCAUAACACUGAGAAGUCCUGCUAUGUUACUAUCGACGAGCGUGUCUUUGAUGUCACCUCCUUCAUCGAGGACCAUCCGGGUGGCGGCGACCUGAUCCUCGAAUACGCUGGCAAGGAUGUAAAGCACAUAAUGAAGGACGAGGUUUCCCACUUACACACCGAAGCCGCCUACGAGAUUCUGGAAGACUCACUGGUCGGCUUCGUCGCCACUGAGCCCGUCCUCAAUGCCGCCACCAAAGCCUCACCCGCCAGCGACGUCGUCCCUUUGCCACCCACCACCAACGGCGUCAGGAAACUACAAAAUGAAGGCGUGUCUACCUCACCCCUCUCUACUCGUCCCGUCUUCGCUACUACCGGCAUGUCCUCCGCCGAAGACCUCUCUAAAGAGACUGAUCUGGGAGCCGACUAUCGCACGCAUAAAUUCCUGGAUCUGAACCGUCCGCUCUUCCCUCAGAUGCUCUUCUCUUCCUUCAGCAAAGAGUUCUAUCUAGAACAAGUACACCGUCCCCGCCACUACAAGGGCGGUGCCUCGGCUCCUCUCUUCGGAAACUUCCUCGAGCCUCUAUCCAAAACGGCCUGGUACGUCGUGCCGUCGAUGUGGUUACCACCCGUCUUCUACGGUACCUAUCUGGGUAUGACACACCUGCCCUCCACCGCCGCCCCAGCCUACUGGCUCCUCGGCCUCUUCCUCUGGACGCUCGUCGAAUACCUGCUACACCGCUUCCUUUUCCACGUCGACCAGUACAUGCCCGACCAUCCGUACGCCCUGACAGUGCAUUUCCUCCUGCACGGCAUCCACCACUACCUCCCCAUGGACCGCUACCGGCUCGUCAUGCCGCCGACCCUCUUCUUCGUCCUCGCUCUUCCCUUCUACAAGCUGGCACACACCGUCUUCUGGUACGACUGGUACGCUGCCGUUACCGUCUUCAGCGGCGGUAUUUUCGGCUACGUCUGCUACGACUGCACGCACUAUUUCCUGCACCACAAGAAGCUGCCCGCCUGGGUGCAGGAGUUGAAGAAGUACCAUCUGGCGCACCACUACCAGAACUUUGAGCUCGGAUUUGGCGUCACCAGCAAAUUUUGGGACUACGUCUGGGGCACGCAGCUGGAGCUUGCGAAGCCGCUGAAGACACAGUGA